AUGCAUAUGCACCGAAAACAACGUGUCCGGCUGAAAUCCCGCAGGAGUUUCAUUGAAACUACUGAAGAGCUCGCCACCAAGCCCGCCGCAAGGCGGCUAUCUCUUUGGGAAGAAAUGAAAAAGACGUUUGGCACCUUAACUCAUACUCACCACAGUAACUGUUAUCAGAAACUAUACUCUUGCGGCAGUGAGACGCGAUCAUAUUCCCAAGAGCAUGCUACAGAGUUAAACAUCGACAGAUCAUUUGUGGCAGAGAUACCUAUCUUUCGGAAGUGUGCUGAAUUUGUGCAGAUGGUGUUGUUAAGUUGGCGAGUGUGUAAAUAUGAUAAGGACUGGCAGUGGUCAACAUAUCCACCUCCGACCAAGCAGUUUCAUCAACAUCCUCAUGGGAGAGAAGCAGAAUUAUUAUCAGCUAAAGAAUCAAGCAAGUGGCUUCAGCAAGAUCGUUCCUCCCACUCAUUCCUUCGAUUGUCUUCAGAAUCUGCUACAAAGUGCUUGACAGAAAAUAACUUUCAGAACUUGGAGACAAAUUUAUACAGUGGGAUGAAUUCAAAUUUUGCAAAACCAACAGGAAAUACAGCAUUUCAGCAGUCUGAUGACAUCAGUAAUAAGGAACCUGUAUUCAGCAACAACUUCAAUAGCGCAACAAAUCAACAACCUGCUAAUUUACAGCUAUUUACAUUCCAGGAUUUUCCUCCAUCAUUCCCUUGUCCAACUUGUGGCAAUGUGUAUCGUUACAAAUCAUCCUUGGCCAGACAUGUAAGGCUAGAAUGUGGGAAAAAUCCUCAAUUUCAUUGCCCAUAUUGCCCACACGAAACAAAACAUAAAAGCAGUUUGUUGAGUCAUAUAGAAAGUAGGCACAGGCAGGAGAAAAUGUAGGUCACAUGUAUAGAAUAAGUUAUUCAGAAUAUCAGGUUAUUACACAUAAUCAGUCAGUGAAGGUAGGUGAUGUGUAAGAAACACUACAGGAACCAUCCAGACAGCUUUACUUUUUUUUCAUAUGAGUAUGUCUUUAUCUUCACAUUUACAUGAAAUACACUGAGAUCUGAAAAUUGUUAGUUUGUUUUCUCAACAAUCUAAGUGCGUUUGUCCAUAUACAAAGUGCCUGCCAUGUGAAAGCAUAGUUCAACUUUGGAAAGUCAGAGCUUAAAAAAAGGGGAUGAAAUUUAGACAUUUGCCAACAUUAAAACUGUUGUUGUACUUUUAGUGAGUGUCAAAUUUCCAACAAUGAAAGAAUGGCAUGUGACAUUAUAAGAGUGAACUAGUACUCAUCUGAGGGAAAUGAUAUCAUUUUUUCAGUCUGCAAACAUUUGUGCCAGGAAGCCAUUCAUGAAUGGUGUGAGGAAGGAGUAUGAUUGAUAGAUGGUUGGUCUUGAAUACACACUUUGACUGAGACUAAAGGAAGCCUGUCAUAAAGUGUUAUCAGAUGGCUGUAGCUUUCAUGGCAAAUUAUUUACAAGGAUGUGAUAAAGAAAACUUUCAGGUAAUGAUACAUUAAAUGAUGUGGAGGAUUAUGCAGACUCCACUUCAGAAAAUAAUUCUUUAGAUAAAACAUAAUUCUUAUUCCCUCUUUUAAUAUUUUUUUU